AUGUCCAAGAAGGAUGUGGCGUGUUUCUGGAUCGUACUGCUCCUGUGCCAAGAGCUACGGACCGACCCGAUCGCAGAGAUGGGACCAUCCUCCGACAUCCUGAUUCAAGAGACACCAGGGUUCAUCUUAACAGAGAAGAGGAUCCUGACCAGACGUGUGUUCGUCAGCUUGGACCCCAAGAUUUCCAUCGAGAAGGCAUACAACAUUUCAUCGAUGCAGCUUCCUGAGUUACAGACUUGGUACCAGAUGCACCUCGAAAGAGCACAGGACCGUGUGCGAAACAUCUUGGAGCAAGCUCGGAAACCAUUUGUAUCCAGUUCUAUUCCGAUGAGCAACCGACCCAAAAGGUUCCUCACCGCUAUAAUUGUUGCAUUAGUUUGUGCCACUGUCGGUGCAGUUGUCGCAACUGGAAUGUCUGCAGCCAACUCAAUUACUGUCCAAAAGCUGGAUAUGGAAAUCUAUGCGCUAAAGCAACACAUUAACGAUAUUCAUCAGGUGAUACAACAGCAAAGAACACUUCUCCAAGACGUGUUAACUAUUGUGGAAGACACAGUUGUUACAACAAAUUUGCAUUCAGAGUUAAUUGCCAAAUCCACUGAGUUGCACCAAAGUCAUGACUUAUUUAAGCGUGAACUUUUAUUUCUGCAUGACCCAAUAUUGUUCCACACACUUGCUUUUCUUGACGAAGUGCAAACUGGAAUGAUCGAAUUGGCAGGGGGACGCAUACCUCUGUAUUUUGUAUCCAAGGAUAUUGUUCAUGCGAUGCUUGCCAAUGUGGAUGGAGAGACAAUUGAGCCUAUGCAAUUAAAUCUGGCCUUUGAGAUGGGGAGCGCUAUACCUCUCUUAAUUGAUCCGGAACGUAUGGAGAUUUGCUUUUUAUUGGCCAUACCAUAUGUAACUCCCAAAAACAUUUUUCAAAUGAAAACAAUCUACAAUGUCGGUACAUGGAAGGAAAAUAUCCACGUAAAAGUCCAAACCCCAGAUGUUUUGGCUUUUCAACCAUGGGUACCAGAUUGGUAUUCUAUACCCAUUUUGAAUGACUGUGAGAAAUUCAAAGACAAUAAUUUCCAAUGUGAUGGAAAACCUUUUGUGUACGAUUCUACCAAUGCUUUGUGUGGGAUCGAGUACCUUAAACAUGGCUCUGAAACAUGUCAAGUAACUAUGUCAAAAACCGACAGUAAUGCGUUAGUACAUGCUAUCUUAGUAAAAGAUAAAUGGUUGGUAAGCACGUGUCUUAAAAACAUAAGUGUUUUUCGCAGGGACCAGGUGACUAAUAAAGUAAUUGCCUUACCAGCACCUGUCUCACUGAUCAAGGUACCCCACGACUCUCGUAUCACCAUCGGUGACGUUACGCUAUACCCAGUGUACACUGACGUCAUCGAAAGUGCUAUUGAGAUGGUGGAUCCCUUCCAGAAUCUAGAUAUCCCUCUAGAUCCUAAUCUAAAAUUCUUGCUGGACCACAAGCCCAACCACACUAUCCAAAUGUCAAUCAGAAAAGAUAACAUUUCUGUGGAUACAUUUAAAUACUCUGAGCUAGAUACUGACCUUAUUGCUCGUGUUGACUGGUUCAUCCAUGUUAAGAUUGUUAUUGGGUGUGCUAUGAUAAUAAUGAUAUUAUGGUUGAUUGUACUAAGUGUAAAGUUCAAAACUUUUACAGGUACAAAUAUAUACAAAAAUGUUCAUUCCACGCACGGGCCUAUGUUAGAAAUGAUGUGAUUGCACAAUAUGUCUGGUAACUUCUAUAGUGCUUAUUCAUAAGCUAAAUUAAUUUUGGCUAUGAAAUGCACUAAAGGGGGGUUAUGUCAGAGUAUUUAUAUCGGCAGACAUCUUGUGCUAUGAUAGAAACUAAAAGUGUAUAUUCUGAGUCACUCUGAACAGACCAGACUCCAUUUUGUUAUUUCAAGUUAACAGAAAGACACUAUAUUUCUAUCUGUAAGCUAACCACUUUCCCAGAGCUGAGGAAUGCAUAGUAUAUACAAGCCAAGUGAUAAGGAAGGGGGUUGGACAGACUGUCUAAUGCUAAUGGAAUAUAAUCAAAUUUAAACCCAGACAAUUGUGACAGAGAAGAUUAAAUAAUUUAAUAUUUAACUGUCUAUACAUAUAAGGUACCAUUGUAUGGAAAAGGGUAAACUUAGUUCAUGAUCUGUCAUAUCAGAAAUUAUAGCAGAUUUGCAGACACAUAGUCUGGACAAAAUGUAAGAACCCCUUUGAUCUUUGAAGGAUAUGUAAGUUAUAGCCACUAUCUAGAUAGGCCAAAAUAGCCACCAGGAAAAGUUAACUCUUUCCUGGAUAGGUAUGUUUAGUGGGACAAGACUGCCCUCUAUAGACCAAAUACCUAAUUUGCGAUCUAGAAGAUAACCACACCUCUAGUGCUUCUAUUGGUUUAUCAACUGAUGACGUACAGAGAGUCUGGCCCUUUAAAAGUUAAGACAAAGGGAGAUGCAGGACAUAUGCAAAGGAGAGGAGAGAGGAAUUGGAAAUUUGGGGACUCCAACUCGGACAACAUCUGAGACUAAUACUCUACUCCUAAAACUCUAACACUUAGAAUUUACUGACUUUCUAACCAACACCUCCAUGCAGAGAGACUACCAAUCGGAUGAAAUAUCUACUCAACUGGUAAUUAUACUGGUUUCAUUUAAUUAAAUUAAAUUAAUUAAAAUGUAUUAAUAGCAUUAUAUAUGACUGGAUAAAGCACGGUCAGAUUUCCAUAUUAAGAAAUCUUAGUUAACUAAGAAUAUAUAGUUAUAAACAUUCCAUUCUGCAGGUGGAAUUAAGAAUAAUUAUAUAUUGAUGUGAUAUUAUCACGUGUUAGCAUACCGCUGUUUUUAUCCAGGUGUAUUGAUUUGCUCUAAAUUAAGAUAGAUAUCUUUUAGACAAAUUAAAAAUCUGCUUAUAUAAUAUGUAGAUUCUCUUAUUGGAUUGUUUUCAGGAAAUGGCUAAUGAACUGGUUUAAAUGUUAUUUUAUUUAAAAAUUACAUAAGAAUAGAUCUUAACUACCUAGGAGAUCUAGCCAGCAUUGAAAGGGUUAUUCUAACUGUCUGCUAAACUUUACGACCUUACGCUGCACUCUGAGGAAUUCUGUUCUCUGUGUGAAAAGUUUCACUUUCAGUCUGUGGAAGCUAGUCAUAAAUCGUCAGAAUUCUUGACAGGAAAUGCUAUUUAGCCAUUGAAACGUAAUACCCAUUCCUUUGUAUUGCAUAUAAUUUUGUACUGGAUAUUCAUUGAUUAUUGUUAUGCAUGUUACAUAAUAUUAUUUGUUAAUUAUUGGUUAUCAUAAAUAAAAUCAAUUUUUAUACAUUGUGAUAUUAAUUAUAUGAAAUACUUUCACUUACGAUAAACGUUCUUUGGGAUCUGAGAAUUGAAUUAGUGGGCAAUUCUCAACUGUUUACUAUUAUUAUCCCAUAAAUAUCCCCACAAUAAGGACUGCUGUCCCAACCUGGAAUAGCGUUCUCUGCCAACCAUUCAUCCAUCCAAACCACCUAUCCCACACGUUAGUGACCCCUGAGUUGCGUUUUAGUUCAUCUGAAAGGCUGUCCAGUUUUUCUAUGGCCAAAGUUACUUUUCCAUUGGGUCCAGUAUUAUCUGGAAUAAAUGUGCAGCAGAUCAUAGUCUCGGGGAGGAUUUUACCCUUUUCUGCUAGAAUCAUAUUCAGAGCCAUUCUAUUUUGAAAUGUAAUUUGGGUGGUAGCUUGCAGUUGUUCUGCUAGGCCCUGUAGGGCAUCUCUAGUAUAGUUAACAAACCGCUGUUGGUUGUAAUAGAUCUAAUUAAUCCAAUUAACAUUCUUAUUGACAGUGAUUAAUGGAAUCAGGGAUUCAAAGUCAGCGGCAACCUCAUCCCUAAAUUCGUUGGGUACCCCCCUUGGCACACCAAUGGCAUCAAUAUAAACAUGUGGAUCAAAGCUACCACGGAUUGGGGCUUCCCUUUUGACUCUGGAGUGUGUGUGAGAUCAAAUGUAUUAUGAUGGCCAUCUGGGAUAAUAUGGAUACUCCAUCAGGUGGUCUAACGUGUCCCUGGGUAAUCGGGUAG